UUUUCUUUAGCACUCCUCAUCAGUCACAGUUCUCCUUUCGUAACUUUAUGAAGGGUCGAACAUUUGAUGGCCUUUUGAUUCCGGUUAUUUUUUUCAAUAAACCGUACACCUACCGGAACAAUUGAUUGCUCCAAGCAAACGCAGUGUAAGCGCACUUAAUUCAGUUGUGUCUGGAGCGCUCAAACGGUCGAAAAUGUUUGAGGAUGCGGAUAAUUUCGCAGAUUUCUUCCGUGGUGGAUUGCCCUACUAUUUGCUCAUCACAUUACCAAUUCUGAUCAUCUGCUCCUCGAAUCCCGUGCUAGCCGCAAGCGAGUUUGGCGUCCAGCGGAUGUCACAGUACGAUGUACACGGUGUUCCAUAUGGUUGCCGUGCUUCUGCGUUGAAUCUAGAAGCAAAAUCGCUUUACACCUGGCAGACAUCUAGACACUGCGUUGUAGCCCGCUUUCAGGAUAUGACCAUCGACCAAUUCCGAGAGAUACGUGCCAAAGCAGGCGGCUUAGUAAUUUUGCUUCCCGCUGAUACUUCUUCCCUUAGUCUGGAGGAGAAACAGCACAUCCACCUGUUAGAGCAGGCAAUGAUGCUGCAGGAAAUCUCGAUUCCAGUCUAUUUUUCCCGAUACGAUAGUAAGCUAAAUGUGAUUAUCGACGAUAUCACUAAGACGACCACAUCUACUAAACAACAAUCUUCCAAACAACGAGAAUCGGCUAUCAGCGAGAUUCUGGGUUCGGUUUCUGCCAAUGGCUAUCAGAUUGUUGUUUCCGGCACAAGUCAUAGCCCCAACAAGCAAUCAAAAAUUCCUAUUGUCCAAGGGGAACUCACGCCGAACAAAUACACACCUAAGUCCAGCGAUAGCGAGAACAAGCUUCCAUUCAUUCUUGUGACGGCUCAUCUUAACACAUUUGGUUUGGUCAAUGGCCCACUGAAGAACGCUGAUGCUGCUGUGCUACUGACACUGAUGGAGCUGUUCAGUAAGCUCCAUGCCAGCAUUCCCAAAUAUCGGUUGAUGUUUUUGUUGUCUGAAUCAGGAAGUUUGCUAAACUUCCAAGGCAUGAAAAAGUGGCUGGAAACUAAUCUAGACGAGAAUGUGCAAAUGCAACAGGCAGAGUUUGUGAUAUGUCUAGAUUCAAUCGGUAGGACGUCUGCAAACGAAAAUAUGUUCAUGCAUGUAUCAAAACCACCCAAGGAAGGCACAUCGAUGAAUAGUUUCUACAGGAUCCUUAAAGCUGUUGCGCAACGUUAUGGAAAUAGAACUGUGGAAGGAGUCCACAAAAAAAUCAAUCUGGCAGACACACUGCUAGCGUGGGAACAUGAGCGCUUCAGUAUGAAGCGAAUGCCAGCGUUUACUCUGUCAAACUUAAAGUCUCACAAGGACCCUCUACGUAACACCAUCUUUGAGGACGAAGAGGAGGAAGAACAGCUAAACAAAUUAGAAACCAAUGUGAAAAUAUUAGCCGAAUCGUUGGCUAGCUAUAUUUCCAAUCUGCCGGUAGAAAGCAUCCAAACAAGCGGAGAGAUAUUCACCGGCUCGAUGGGCAUAACCAAAGAUAGCAUCCGGCCCUGGCUGCUGGUGCGCUCGACCCAGCAAAAUAAUGACCUCAAGAACGCCUUCGAAAAGUACCUUAAAAACGUCAAGCUCACCUAUGAGAAACCUGAUGCUCGCGAGCCGGACUUUAUGUUAUACGACGAUCGGCACGCGGUGCUAAAUAUAUACAACGUAAAACCCGCCGUGUUUGAUCUAUUCCUAACGUGCUUGAUCGUGGCGUAUCUGGCCGUAAUUUACUUGGCCAUCUUUCACUUUCCCAAAAUGUACAGUUUUGUGUGUCGAUUGACCACAAACAAGGUUAAGUUUCACUAAUGUGUUUUGAGUUAAACAGAAUGAAAAAGUCUGCACUGAAUGCACUGAAUAGACAUUAACAUCAAAUUAGAAAUCAGAUCAUCGUUAGCUUCCACCAUCCUGAUUUAUGUGCACACGAUACCAUGCGAAUUUAUGUUUCUUAAUUCAUCACCAUGAAUACAGCAUUCAUCAUCGAAGAAAUAUUUAUUGUACGGUUAAAUAGAAUGUUUUUGUAGACUCAGAAAAAAUACUUCUUUUUCGUAAUUAUAAACAACAUUGCUAGUCGGCAUUUAAAUCGAAUUAUUCAUAAACGGGUUGAAAACUAGGCUCUAGCUCGAAAUGUUUGCAAUUGGAGAAGAGCUAAUGAUUUGGAGAGAACAUGGCAGAAAGGUGUGGCAAUCAAUAAAGUAAGUUUGCGAGUGAUAUA